AUGGCCGUCCAAGUCGCAAUCCCCAAAGACCUCGAAGCCUUCUCGUCGCACUUCAACGCCUUCAAAUCCCGCUCCUCGCCCAAAUCCCCCUGCAACUCCUCCCUCUUCGUCCCCUUCGACGGCCACAUGGGCCACAAAGUCGACCUCCCUUCCGUCCCCUCCCUCUGCCCCUCCUGGUCGCGGACACAAAACCCCCACCUCGCCUCCAUCCAGUCGGACUUCAAAGCCUGGAUCAACAGCUCCUUCAAAGACACAGCGAUGAAAGCCAAAGUGCUGGACUUCAACGCGCCGCUGUUCGCCGCGCUCUCCUACCCGCACACGUCGCGCAAACAACUCCUCACCAUCGCCGAGUGCAUCGCCUGGUACUUCCCCACCCUCGACACCGCCAUCACCACAUCUGCCGACCAGAAACCGCCAAAUAAUGCAGACGCCUACCUCACUUCCCGCGAACUCGCCAACGUCUCCAUCUUCCCCCUGCUAGGCCUCAUCCACUACGCCCACGGCUCCGAACUCCCCGUCGCCUACUCCCACAAGGAGAACAAAACGAUGGCGAAGCUGUGGAAGGAAAUCGCCCGCAUUUCUGUCCUUAGUAACGACAUCCUCGCUCUACGUGGCGAAGUUUUGCAUGCACGACAUGAGAGCUUGGUCCCAUUGCUGAUGAAGGAUGGGGAUCUCGAUGCCCAGGAUGCGAUGGAUCAGGUCGCCGAUAUGGUCAGGGAUGCGCUGGCACGGUUUGAGGAUGCGGAACGCGAACUGGCGGGGCAGGUGGAGGAGGGUGCGAGGAAGGAUGUUGAGGGUUAUGUAAGGGCGUGUAGGGAUUUGGUCGUUGGGCAGUUGGAGUGGAGUUUUGGGCUUAAGGGGGGCGUGGGGCAGAGUUUGGUUGUGGAGGAUGGGACGGUGAUCUUUUAUGUGCGGUGA